CCUUUACGACUAAGAAAAGUAAAUCAUUGCCCACACAGAGUUGAUCUGUGUAAAACCAAACAUCCAAAUCCAAUUCACCUGGUAAUCAUAGUUCUCUCCCGAUCAUGGCUAAUCCGGCGUCGUCAUCGUCGUCGGCGACGAACAUCAUGCUCGCAAUCCACGAGAAGAAAACUGUAUCGGUCGAUCUCUACCGCCCUCUUCGCAACUACGUAGUUUUCAAUUACUCUGAACGCGAGGCUCAGAACCUAGAAGACGACCUCGAAAACCUAAAGGAGAUGCGGAACACCAUCGAACGCUCCUCUGGCGCCGAUUCCCUCCCUUCCCGUCGCGACCUCCUCCAGAACUACUUCAAAGCCCUAACCGCCGUAGAAUCGAGGUUCCCGAUCUCCCCCGAUAAGGACCAUGUCAACUCCGUGACGUUCACGUGGCACGACGCGUUCAAGAACAAGAACAAGGCGUCGCAACAGAACAUUCACUUGGAGAAGGCGGCGAUUUUGUUUAACUUGGGAGCGGUGCAUAGUCAGAUUGGGUUGACUUUUGACAGGUCAACGGUGGAAGGGAGACGGCAGGCUUCACACUCGUUUAUCGCUGCGGCGGGUGCCUUCGCGUUUCUGAGGGAUAAUGCGGCUACGAAGGCUUCUAUUGGGAGUUCGACGACAGUGGAUGUUUCGGUGGAGUGUGCGGGGAUGCUGGAGAGGUUGAUGCUGGCUCAAGCGCAGGAGUGUGUGUUUGAGAAUACCAUUGCUAAAGGGAGCACUCCUGGGGUUUGUUCUAAGAUUUCCAGACAGGUGGGUCUCUAUUAUGAAGAAGCCCUAGCUGCACUACAUGUUGCACCUCUCACUCACCACUUCGACAAGACGUGGCUCUCUCAUGUUCAAUUAAAGGCAGCACUUUUUUAUGCAGAGGCUUGUUAUAGAUAUAGUUUAGAGCUUCAUGAGAAAGAAGAAAUUGCAGAAGAAAUUGCACGGUUGAAGAGUGGUAUUGGUGCCUUAACUGAUGCCAAAAAAUUAUCUCCAAAGGGGGCUGCACAGCAGAUACUUGAUGCAAUCAAUAAGUUAGAGGUUAAUCUUAAUCGUAAUCUAGAGAGAGCUAUGAAGGAGAAUGACAGGGUCUACCUUAUGAGGGUUCCUCCAGCCAGCUCUUUACAACCUCUUCCUGCGUUUGCAAUGGUUAAGCCUUUGAACAUGAACGAUGUAUUGGAUGCGAGCAGAGAAAAGAUGUUUGCUAGUCUUGUUCCUGAUAGCAGUGCCAAGGCUCUUUCAAGGUACACCGAAAUGGUUGAUGAGAUCAUUAGAACUCAAGCUGAGAAAUUGCAGCAAGGGAGCGAGCUUGCUCGAGUGAGCCUUAAGGAAAUGGACUUACCUGAUUCAAUUCUUGCUUUGGAAGGACAUUCUGUCUUGCCAACAGCUCUAUGGGAAGAUGUGGAGGCAGUUCAAAUUAGUGGGGGUCCAGCUGGCUUGGAAGGUGAGCUUCAACAGCUUCGUGAUUUAAGGAGGGUAAACCAUGAAUUGCUGGUCCAGACUGAGGAGCUUCUCCAAAAGGAAGCAGCAGAAGAUGCACAAUUUAGAAGCCAAUUUGGUACACGGUGGACAAGGCCUCAGUCUAGUACUCUGACAAAGAACUUACAGGAUCGCUUAAAUAGGUUUGCAGCAAAUUUAAAGCAAGCUGCAGAUAGUGAUGGUAAAAUUGAACGCUCAGUGAGAGAAAGUAUGGCACUCAUGUCUAUUCUAGAUCGCCGUCCGAUUGAGUCAGCCCUUCCAACCUUGGCUAAACCAAUCAUGUCUUUGGAUGCCAAUGAAGAUGCUGUAGUGGGGGCCCUGAAGCAGAGCUUGAGACAAUUAGAGACACUGGGUGCACAAAGGGCAGGUCUGGAAGACAUGCUGAAAGAUAUGAAGCGAAAGGAUGAUAUACUCCCGAAGUUGAUGACGUCCACUGGUUCAUAUGAGGAUCUCUUCAGAAAGGAGAUAACAAAAUAUAAUCACAUAUGUGAAGAAAUAUCUCAAAAUCUUCAGGCUCAACAGCAACUAUUGCUUCACAUUCAGGCUCAAAACAGUGAAUUUGCUGGCACCUUCAAUAUUGAGGAUUACAGAGCAUCUUGUGAAAAGUGCUAUAAGCAGAUUGAAGCUGCUGUAGCCAAGUAUAGAGAAAUCAAAGAGAACAUCAAUGAAGGAUUGAAGUUUUAUGUUACUCUUCAGGAUGCAAUCACAAGUGUAAAGCAGCAAUGCAGUGACUUUGUGAUGACGAGAAGCAUACAAUGCCGAGAAAUGAUUGAAGACGUACAAAGACAAAUGGCGGGUCUCAGUUUUCAAGAUGGUAAGAAUUCCGGCAGUUACAGUUACCCUUCGGCCACCCAGCCCCAAAGAACAUCUUCCCAGCAAGAACCCGCUAACCACCCUCGUCCUCAAACACCUUAUUAUCAACAGCCACCACCACCAUCAGCAUAUGCGCAGCAACACCCUCCACAACCUGCCACAUCAGGAUAUUCACAGCACCCUCCUCCUCCCUAUGCCCUUCCGCAACAGCAACCGCCGCCACCUCCUUACCAUGGUGGGUCCCCUUAUCCUCCUCAGCAAGGCCAACAACCGCCACCUGCCGCCCAUGAGUACGGCCAACCUGCUUAUCCUGGUUGGCAGGGUGCAUACUAUAACGCACAGGGUCAGCAACCUGGAUCGUUUCCGAGGCCUCCAUAUACGGUUCCUUCUCCUUACCCUCCUCAUCAGAGUGGGUAUUAUAAACAAUGAUUUUGUCUUUGUCCUGAAUGGUUUUUUGGUUUCCAUUUAAUAAUAUUGUUCGACGAUUUAUGUAGCCUCAUACAGUAGUUGCAUCAUCUCUUUUUAUAUAUACAAUUAUAUGUACACAAGUUGCAAUCAUUACGUAGACAACCAAACUGGUAUGUACAUAUGCAUUUGUGAUUACAUUACAUGCAAUUGUUGUGCUUGUACUCUUUGCUUAAAA